AUGGAUAAAAGUUGGAUCGAUCUACCCACUGGUCAUCAUGAAUAUAUCGACGGUUGUAUGGAAUUUAUUGAGUUUGCCAAGCAAGAUCUAGUCGAAGGAAAAAUUAGAUGUCCAUGUAAGAACUGUAAGGUAGAGAAAUGGUUCUCCGUAAAUGAAGUGGAGAGGCAUAUUUUGUUUAAGGGAUUUUAUAAGCCAUAUAAGGAUUGGAUUUUUCAUGGUAAAGGGGAUACGUUUCAGCGUAUGUUUGAGAGUGAUGGAGGGAUUACUAGUGAAGGAUCCCUUGAUAACCAAAGUGGGUUUGUAGGUCGAGAUAAUAUGGGAGGGCUAUUAAGAUCAGCAUUUAGCGUUAAUAUGCCUCCCAAUUGCCCAAAUUUAGAAGCACGAGAGGAUGAUGAAUGGAUUGAGGAGCCCUUGGCCUAUGACACAGAUGUAGAAUAUGAUUAUUCUACAAUAGAAGAAGAUGUGACAUAUAAGAAGUUGCUUGAAGCUUCUGAGGAGAAAUUGUACGAGGGGUGUAUCAAUUUUUCAAAGUUAUCUUUUCUGUUACACUUGUUUCACUUGAAGUGUAUGAAUCACUGGUCCAUAGAAUCUUUCAAUAUGUUGUUGAAGCUAAUUCUAGAUGCAUUUCCUCAAAUACUUGAUUUUCCCUCUUCUUAUUAUUACAGUAAGAAAAUGAUAAAAGACUUGGGCCUUGGGUAUGAAAAGAUUGAUGCUUGUCCGAAUAAUUGCAUGUUGUAUUGGGGUGAAUUUUUAAUGAAAGACAAGUGUCAUGUUUGUGGUACAUCGAGGUGGAAGAAAACUAAGGAUAGGGGCAACGUUGUAAGUGAUCAAGGUACGGAUACUUGUAAGAAAGGUGUGCCAGCUAAGGUAAUGCGAUAUUUCCCUCUUAUACCGAGACUAAAAAGAAUCUACAUGUCAUCAUCAACAGCAGAAGAUAUGAGAUGGCAUGAUACAGAGCGAUUGGGUGAAGAUGAUAAGAAGAUUUUAAGGCAUCCUUCAGAUGGCUUAGCAUGGAAGGCAUUUGAUGAGCGUCACAGUGAUUUUGCAUUAGACCCUCGUAGUGUUCGAUUAGGUCUUGCGAGUGAUGGUUUUAAUCCUUACCGUUUAAUGAACACCACUUAUAGUACGUGGCCAGUGAUGUUGAUUCCUUAUAAUCUUCCACCAUGGUUAUGUAUGAAACCGUCUUCUUUCAUUCUGUCCACGCUUAUUCCUGGAAAAUCAGGUCCCGGAAAUGAUAUUGACGUGUAUCUGCAGCCAUUAGUGCAUGAAUUGAAAUUGCUGUGGACAGGGGUUGAAGCUUUUGAUGCUUUUGCCGGAGAGAAAUUUAAUUUGCGUGCGGAUUUGCUUUGGACUAUUAAUGACUUUCCCGGCUAUGCAAUGCUCUCUGGUUUGAGCACAAAAGGUUACAAUGCAUGUCCUAUAUGCUUAGAUUCCACGCCUUCUGAUAGAUUUGGGAGCAAGAUUUGCUAUUGUAGCUAUAGAAAAUGGUUACCUGCAGAUCACCCAUAUCGAUGUCAAGGUGACAAGUUUUGUGAGAAGUUUGGAACUAAUGAGUGGGGUAAAGCCCCAUCUCGUCCUAGCGGCACUGAUAUAUUGAGGCAGCAAGAAAAGGUGAAGCAUGUUUACGGAAAGUCGAAGGCACCACCGAAAAAGAGGCAAAGAGGACACGAUGAUGACGAUGAUGUCCAAGAUGAAAGUGACUUUGGUACCAAGAGAAGCACAUUCUUUGAUUUGGUGUAUUGGGAGCAUAAUCUUCUAAGGCAUAAUUUAGAUGUGAUGCACAUUGAGAAAAACGUGUCUGAGAAUAUUUUGGGAACUCUUCUUAGCAUGGAUAAGAGUAGAGAUAGUAGGAAUGAUCGAGAAGCCCUUGAAGCAUGGAGAAUAAAGUCUCACCUUUGGCUGAGUACUAAUCCUAACGGAGGUGAAUGCAUGCCUCCGGCUUCCUAUUCUAUGUCCACGGAGGAGAAGGAGAGGUUCCUAAAUGUUUUGCAGAAAAUUAAAGUUCCUGAUGGAUAUGGAUCCAACCUUUCUAGUUGUGUGAAUAUGAAGCAAAGGAAGUUGAUUAACCUCAAAAGUCAUGACAACCAUGUUCUAAUGCAGGAUAUCCUUCCCGUUGCCUUAAGGGCCUCUAAAGCUACAAAAGUAAUUUACUUGUUGGCUAGAUUGUCUUCCUUUUUCAAGAAGUUGUGCUCUACAACUAUUGAUCCAGAUGAUUUAGAUGGUCUUCAAAAUGAAAUUAUUUUAACUCUUUGUGAGUUGGAAAAGGAGUUUCUGCCUUCAUUUUUCACAAUCAUGGUCCAUUUGUUGAUUCACUUAGUGGAGGAGGUUAAACUUGGUGGACCAGUGCAAUACAGAUGGAUGUAUCCCAUUGAAAGGUUAAUAUCUUACACGUCUAAAUUAUAUUCUUUUUAUUUAAUAUUUCACAUUUAUCAUAUAUUAAGUACAAAUGUUUUAUUUGAAAGGUACUUGUCCCAUUUGAAAUCACAUGUAACCAAUAAAGCCCAACCUGAAGGAUCUAUUGCAGAAGGCUUCCUUUUAGAGGAGACAAUUAGGUUUUGUUCGAGAUAUCUUCAAGGUGUUAAGACCAUUUUCAACAUACCUAAAAGGAUGGAUGAUGACAUUCCAAAUCCCAAUGAUUACUUGUUUAAUUCUGGUGGUCGAGUUAUUGGGAAGGAGGUCAGCAUUCGCCUUGAUGACAAAAGCUUAAAACAAGCUCAUCGCUACAUUUUGCUUCACUCUGAUGAGAUAAAAGGGGAUCUGGAUGAAUUUUUAACCGAGAAACGUCAAAUGAACUUACAAAAUCCUGUCACGGAGAGUGAUGAAAGUAACUGGAUCAUCAAUGAGUUUGGAGGGUGGCUGCAAAAUAAGGUACAUUACAUAGAUGCAACCACCGAAGAUGGGAAACUAAGAAAAGCUUUGGCGGGUGGUUUGCAUUCUUAUGGUAGAAAAUUAAAAGGAUACAUAAUCAAUGGAUACAAAUUCCUUUCCACGGAUCGCGAUUCUCGUCUUUUGACACAAAAUUCUGGAAUUAUGGUCGAAGCGGAUGGAGAUGCCUACUAUGGAAAAGUGAAAGAUAUCUAUGAAUUAGAUUAUUACGGAGAUUACAAAGUUGUAUUGUUUCGUUGUGAUUGGGUAGACAUUCAUAGGGGUGUAAAAGCAUAUCCAAAUGGCGGAGUAUGUGUCAAUUUCUCUAAAUUGAUGCAUUCUGGACGAUUGUUGCAAGAUGAUCCAUUUGUAUUCUCAUCUCAAGCAAAACAAGUUUUUUACAUAGAAGAUGAGAUACAAAAGGGAUGGUUGCAUGUUGUUAAGAACAAGCCUAGAGAUGUGUUUGAUUUAGGGGAUUCUUUACCAGUAGAGGAAGAGGGUGGGACCAAUUGAUCAUGCUUAUUUUUUAUUGUUUUGCUUUGGAUUUGUAUUUGUUCAUGACGUUGUGAGUCAUAUUGUUUAAUCUGGUUGAAUAAUGAGUUAUAUACUUAAUCUAUACUCACUUAUUUUAUUGUCUACUAAUGUCCAAGUACCCUACUACUAGUUUCUUUGAUGGUGAUACAGAUAUUUUUAUACCGUUAUUCCGUGAAAAGGGGGCAAUUUAUCUUUAUUUUUUGUGAUUUCCCCCUUUUGUAUUUGAUUUGGUUCAUUGUUGUUGCAGUGUUGUUGUUGCUUUUCUUCCCUUUUUUGUUGCGCCUGUGGUACACAAGAAAAUGUGUGUCAGGGGUGGGUUGGUCCAUUAUAACUAAACAAUAAGGUUUAUUGGGAAAAGAUUGAUUCUUGUUUGUAUGCAUCUGUCUUGGUUCUGAAAGUUUUACCCCCCUUUGACAAAGCGUAUCUGUCAGAGUUGCCAAAAUAUCAUGCCUGGCUAUCU